GUACUUUCCCCGAGUAACUCAAGCCGUGCAUUUAAAGAUUUUUAAACAUCCUGGAAUGCUACUGGUCCAUGUCCCUGGCUGAGAAAAUGAGACCCUUUAACUCUAGAGUCUAUUGAUGUAUCCCUGAUUACCAUGAACUGUCUUCCUAGUCCUGAACUGUGCGUACUAUGCAAAAGCUGGCAGGCUGACAAAGCGGCCUCAGGACGGACUUUCUGGCUACUGACCGUUUUGCUGUGGCUCACCCGGAUAGUGUGUAGGCGCGAGAUCAACCAUGAGCUCCGUUGCAGUUCUGACCCAAGAGAGCUUUGCUGAACACCGAAGUGGGCUGGUUCCGCAACAGAUCAAAGUUGCCACUUUAAAUUCAGAAGAGGAGAGUGACCCUCCAACCUACAAGGAUGCCUUCCCUCCACUCCCUGAGAAAGCAGCUUGUUUGGAAAAUGCCCAGGAACCUGCCGGCGCCUGGAGUAACAAGAUCCGGCCCAUCAAGGCUUCUGUCAUCACUCAGGUAUUCCAUGUACCCCUGGAGGAGAGAAAAUACAAAGACAUGAACCAGUUUGGAGAAGGUGAACAAGCAAAAAUCUGCCUUGAGAUCAUGCAGAGAACUGGUGCUCACCUGGAGCUGUCUCUCGCCAAAGACCAGGGCCUCUCCAUCAUGGUCUCGGGGAAGCUGGACGCUGUCAUGAAAGCCCGGAAGGACAUUGUUGCUAGACUGCAGACUCAGGCCUCAGCAACUGUUGCCAUUCCCAAAGAACACCAUCGCUUCGUUAUUGGCAAAAAUGGAGAGAAACUGCAAGACUUGGAGUUAAAAACUGCAACCAAAAUCCAGAUCCCCCGCCCAGAUGACGCCAGCAAUCAGAUCAGGAUCACCGGCACCAAAGAGGGCAUCGAGAAAGCUCGCCAUGAAGUCUUGCUCAUCUCUGCUGAGCAGGACAAACGUGCUGUAGAAAGGCUAGAAGUGGAGAAGGCUUUCCACCCCUUCAUCGCUGGGCCUUAUAAUCGGCUCGUUGGCGAGAUCAUGCAGGAGACGGGGACACGCAUCAACAUACCCCCACCCAGCGUCAACCGGACAGAAAUCGUCUUCACUGGGGAGAAGGAGCAGUUGGCUCAGGCUGUGGCUCGAAUCAAGAAGAUCUACGAGGAAAAGAAAAAGAAGACCACGACCAUCGCGGUGGAGGUGAAGAAAUCCCAGCACAAGUAUGUCAUCGGGCCCAAGGGCAAUUCCUUGCAGGAGAUCCUGGAAAGAACUGGAGUUUCUGUGGAGAUACCCCCCUCGGACAGCAUCUCCGAGACUGUGAUACUGCGAGGCGAGCCUGAAAAGCUAGGACAGGCGUUGACUGAAGUCUAUGCCAAGGCCAACAGUUUUACGGUCUCCUCCGUCUCUGCUCCUUCUUGGCUUCACCGUUUCAUCAUUGGCAAGAAAGGGCAGAAUCUGGCCAAAAUCACUCAGCAGAUGCCAAAGGUUCACAUUGAGUUCACAGAGGGUGAAGAUAGGAUCACCCUGGAAGGCCCCACAGAGGACGUGAAUGUGGCCCAGGAGCAGAUCGAAGCCAUGGUCAAAGACUUGAUUAACCGGAUGGACUACGUGGAGAUCAACAUCGACCACAAGUUCCACAGACACCUUAUUGGGAAGAGCGGAGCCAACAUAAACAGAAUCAAAGACCAGUACAAGGUGUCUGUGCGCAUCCCUCCUGACAGCGAGAAGAGCAACCUGAUUCGCAUCGAGGGGGACCCACAGGGGGUGCAACAGGCGAAGCGGGAGCUGCUGGAGCUCGCCUCUCGCAUGGAAAAUGAGCGAACCAAGGAUCUAAUCAUUGAGCAAAGAUUUCAUCGAACAAUCAUUGGGCAGAAGGGUGAACGGAUCCGUGAAAUUCGUGACAAAUUCCCAGAGGUCAUCAUCAACUUUCCAGACCCAGCACAAAAAAGUGAUAUUGUCCAACUCCGAGGGCCGAAGAAUGAGGUGGAAAAAUGCACAAAAUACAUGCAGAAGAUGGUGGCAGAUCUGGUGGAAAAUAGCUAUUCAAUUUCUGUUCCAAUCUUCAAACAGUUUCACAAGAACAUCAUUGGGAAAGGAGGCGCAAACAUUAAAAAGAUUCGGGAAGAAAGCAACACAAAGAUUGACCUUCCAGCAGAGAAUAGCAAUUCAGAAACCAUUAUCAUCACAGGCAAGCGAGCCAACUGCGAGGCUGCCCGGAGCCGCAUUCUGUCCAUCCAGAAAGACCUGGCCAACAUAGCCGAGGUGGAGGUUUCAAUCCCUGCCAAGCUGCAUAACUCUCUCAUCGGCACGAAGGGCCGCCUGAUCCGCUCCAUCAUGGAGGAGUGCGGUGGCGUCCACAUUCACUUCCCUGUGGAAGGUUCAGGAAGCGACACAGUUGUCAUCAGGGGUCCUUCCUCGGAUGUGGAGAAGGCCAAGAAACAGCUGCUGCACCUGGCCGAGGAGAAGCAAACCAAGAGUUUCACCGUUGACAUUCGCGCCAAGCCAGAAUACCACAAGUUCCUCAUUGGCAAAGGGGGCGGCAAAAUUCGCAAGGUGCGUGACAACACAGGAGCCCGCAUCAUAUUCCCAGCGGCCGAGGACAAGGAUCAGGAGCUGAUCACCAUCAUAGGGAAGGAAGACGCCGUCAGGGAGGCCCAGAAGGAGCUGGAGGCCCUGAUCCAGAACCUGGAUAACGUGGUUGAAGACAGCAUGCUGGUGGACCCCAAGCACCACCGUCAUUUCGUCAUCCGGAGAGGCCAGGUCUUGCGGGAGAUUGCUGAAGAGUAUGGUGGGGUGAUGGUUAGCUUCCCACGCUCUGGCACUCAGAGUGACAAAGUCACCCUCAAGGGUGCCAAGGACUGCGUGGAGGCGGCCAAGAAGCGCAUUCAGGAGAUCAUCGAGGACCUGGAAGCCCAGGUGACCAUUGAAUGUGCCAUACCCCAGAAAUUUCACCGCUCUGUCAUGGGCCCCAAAGGUUCCAGGAUCCAGCAGAUUACUCGGGACUAUAACGUUCAAAUUAAAUUCCCAGACAGAGAGGAGAACCCAGUUCAUAGUGUGGAGCCGGCUGUCCAGGAGAACGGUGACGACGCUGGGGAGGGGAGGGAUGCUAAAGAGGCCGACCCUGGCUCUCCCAGGAGGUGCGACAUCAUCACCAUCUCUGGCCGAAAGGAAAAAUGUGAGGCCGCCAAGGAAGCCCUCGAGGCGCUGGUUCCCGUCACCAUUGAAGUGGAGGUGCCCUUUGACCUUCACCGGUACAUCAUCGGGCAGAGGGGAAGUGGGAUCCGCAAGAUGAUGGACGAGUUUGAGGUAAACAUACACGUGCCAGCACCUGAACUGCAGUCUGACAUCAUCGCCAUCACGGGCCUCGCUGCCAAUUUGGACCGGGCCAAGGCUGGGCUACUGGAGCGUGUGAAGGAGCUGCAGGCGGAACAGGAGGACCGGGCUUUAAGGAGUUUUAAGCUGAGCGUCACUGUAGAUCCCAAAUACCAUCCCAAAAUUAUUGGGAGAAAAGGGGCAGUGAUUACCCAAAUCCGCUUGGAGCAUGACGUGAACAUCCAGUUUCCUGAUAAGGACGAUGGGAACCAGCCCCAGGACCAAAUUACCAUCACAGGGUACGAAAAGAAUACAGAAGCAGCCCGGGACGCAAUCCUGAAAAUCGUGGGUGAGCUUGAACAGAUGGUUUCCGAGGACGUGCCUCUGGACCACCGUGUGCACGCCCGCAUCAUUGGUGCCCGUGGCAAAGCCAUCCGUAAGGUCAUGGACGAAUUCAAGGUGGACAUUCGCUUCCCACAGAGCGGAGCCCCAGACCCCAACUGUGUCACCGUGACGGGGCUCCCAGAGAACGUGGAGGAAGCCAUCGACCACAUCCUCAACCUGGAGGAGGAAUACCUGGCUGACGUGGUGGACAGCGAGGCGCUGCAGGUUUACAUGAAGCCCCCAGCCCAUGAGGAGUCCAAGGCACCAUCCAAGGGCUUUGUGGUGCGGGACGCUCCCUGGACCGCCAACAGCAGCGAGAAGGCUCCCGAUAUGAGCAGCUCUGAGGAAUUUCCCAGCUUUGGGGCUCAGGUGGCCCCCAAGACCCUCCCUUGGGGCCCCAAACGAUAAUGAUCAAAAAGGAGAAACCUCUCCAGCCUGCUGACCCAAACCCACCACACAACAGUUUGUCUCAAUCUGACCCAGCGGCUGGCCCCUCCGUAAAUUGUUGACGCUCCCCCUCCCCGAGGUCUCGCAGUGAAGCCGGGCCCGCCCGGCGCUGUGUGCGGCUGGGUCUUGGGCCUGGCCAGCGCCCAGUGCGUGCUCAGGACCUGCUCCCUGAUGCCUUUGCCCUGGGACGGCUCUCCACUGUUGUGAACACUAACAGAGGUAACGGGACAUUUCACGAUAAGCUUCCUGGUCCACCCAGCAUGUCAGUAAGGCUCUGGCCUCCACUAUGAGAGCUGCACAGCUGUGGCUGAGUCUACUUCCUGUGUCAUGACCUCAGGAAAUAAAUUUCCUUGACUUUAUAAAAGCCAAA